AUGUCUUCCGCUGUUGAAUACGCUCACUAUCGGCCAAUGACGCCGACGUGCCCUCCUAGUGAGGGUUCCCUCAACAACUCUACUCAUGAUUCUGUCUCCUCAAGCGAUUCUUCUCCAUGGUCGACCAGGACGGGCAAUACUAGCCCUUCCACCUCAUCAUCUAUACAUCACCAUGGUCCCACUAUUUUGCCUAAGAUCCGUACCCAAGACACCAUCGUCGAGCCUGUCUCUGUCAAUGGCCCUCUGCGUCACGGCAGCCGCGUUCUCUCAAGCACAAGGAGCACGGCUGGCUUCGCACCUUACCCAAUGGCUCGGCCACCUACAAGCCGCCCAAAGCGUGAGAUUGCAAAUCGCUUGACAUUGAUCUCUCCGGUGUCUCCGUCUCCAUUGUCUCCGCUCAUAAUGGCUCCCCAGGGUAGCUGGUCUGCCUUGUCAUCGCCCAUCACCAUCACCCCACCGAACAAGCCCCGAUCAGGUGGCCACUCACGCUCGUUCUCGGCCUCUGGUGUCGAUUCAGCAAUAUUAAACCGCUUCGGGUAUCCUACUUACCGCGGGCUCCCUGAAUAUGUGCCUGAACUGCAGGCUCACACUAAUCCCACUACACCUGUCUCGCCGGUCGAGUCUACCUACACUCCAGUCACACCGAUACAGAGCUGGUUUCUGUAUCCCUCCUACCCGCAAAAGCCGGAUGUUCAAGCCCCAGCAUACACUCAGCAUUCAUUGACGGUUCCGACACCGCGUUACCAUUACCAAGAAUCAGCUCAGCCUUCACCCACUCUGAUGAGUCCCGGGACAGACCUAGCACCCCGCUCAACAACAUUAAUAACAACAACGACAACAACGACAAUAACAACAACCAACACCACCACCUUACUCUCAUAUCUGACCCAAUCAAUUCAGCCAAUCAAACUAGUCCGCAACGUGAGUGUCAUCCCAACUCGCGGUCUCCACGAUUACUUCUGGUGGGACAUCCGCAAUCUAAGAAGUUGGACCUCCUUCUCUCUCGAAAGCUUCGACUCUGUAGACAGCAGACUCACCAAACUCCUCAAAACCCAAAUCCCACACCUACUCACUCCCCCCGUUGCCGUGUCUCAAUCAGCUCUAUCGCCAGAAUCAGAACCAGCCCUCGUCUCCCUAAUCAGGAACCUUUACGCACCAAGAGUCAACGCCGCCUUGGCCGUCUCCCAAGGCGAAGAUCAUCUGCAGCUCUACGCCGCCCCAGACGUCCGAAGCACAGGACACAAAAAUCACGGCCAUCCCCAUUUCCUGGCCAAUUACCCCGGAGACACAGAUUGCACUAGCGCUGGUCUUCCGCGCGGCCGCCUGGUCGGCAUCGUCAAGAGCUUUGACCGUUGGAAUACGGGCAUGCGCAACGAGGCUCCCCACCGCCGUGUCGAGUACUUGAAUGGUCUCGCGCAUCUGCAGCGCUGCAUGCGCGAACACUCCUGUCGAUAUGGUUUCAUCAUCACAGAGAUCGAGCUUGUUUGUGUCCGUGCUGGUUGCGAUGCUGGUGAUGAUGUCCCUUAUUUUGGAUAUCUGGAGAUCGCUGCUUCCAUUCCGUUGAAGACUGCUCGUCGUGACGCAACGCCUAUGUCGCCUAGUUUAUCGUCUUCAGCUGCGUCGAUUGGCUCUGGUGAUUCUCCUGGUUCUCUUCUUGAGGAAGUGGAUGAUGCGAACUCUCCCAUGACGGCCAGCUUGGCUUUGUAUUUCUUGUUGAUGCUUUCUAAGUCUGUGCCGCUUCCGCAACAGCCUUCUGCUCAUCUCAAUGUUGGCGGGCCUGGUGCAUUGACUCGUCAGCGGAUUCUGAGUGAGGCGAAGGAUAAGUGGAUUCCUGAGCCGCAGAUUGGGGAGAAGCGGGAUGCUAAGAGGGUUAGGGGCUGGGUUUGGCCUCAGGAUGCUUGGCACAGGAGGGAGGGGGGCGGAGUGCAAAGGGCGAAGGGAGAACCCAAGACGAAGAAAUGGCAUAAAUAG